AGGAGGAUGGCGGCCGCCUCGGAGAACUGAGUCUCGGGAGAGGAGCGGGGAUCUCUUUCUGGCAAUGGCCGACCGAGAUGGAGAGGUGAGGUGGGAUGGGCUGUGCAGCAGGGACAGCAGCGCCAGAGACAGCGCCAUGGAGAGCAUAAGGCAGGCGGUCCUGAAGAAGGGCGAGGCGGUGGCUCCGGCCAAAGAAGCCGCGUCUCCUCCGGCAGCGGCAGAAGGGCUCUCGCCGCCUCCCAGCGGGGCUCGUGGCGGGCUGAACGAAAUGCUCGCCCGCCUGCUGAUGCUGUCCAAGAGGUGCCCCUUCCGAGACGUGAGGGAGAAGAGCGCGGCCAUCCUGAUGAGUGUUCAGGAACUUGGAAUUAGGAUCCCUAGACCACUGGGACAAGGACCAAGCAGAUUCAUCCCAGAGAUGGAGAUUAUCCAAGUGAGCGCCGAAGAUACCCACAUGCAUGCUUUGUUUGCAGAGUCUUUCACAACUUUAGGGCAUUUGGACAACAUUGCCUUGGUGAUGGUUUUCCACCCACAGUACCUGGAGAGUUUUUUAAAAACUCAGCAUUAUCUGUUGCAGAUGGAUGGCCCACUGCCUCUUCACUAUCGACACUACAUUGGUAUCAUGGCUGCAGCUAGGCACCAGUGCUCCUACUUGGUUAACGUCCAUGUCAAUUGCUUUCUUCAUGUUGGGGGAGACCCUAAGUGGUUGAAUGGUCUAGAGAAUGCACCUCAAAAACUGCAGAAUUUGGGUGAAUUGAAUAAAAUCUUGGCACACAGACCAUGGCUCAUUACCAAAGAACAUAUUGAACAACUUCUAAAGACUGAAGAACAUAGCUGGUCACUGGCAGAACUGAUCCAUGCUGUAGUUCUCCUUACACAUUAUCAUUCGCUUGCGUCCUUCACGUUUGGCUGUGGAAUCAACCCAGAAAUUCACUGUGAUGGUGGUCACACGUUCAGGCCGCCUUCUGUCAGUGGCUAUUGCAUUUGUGAUAUUGCAAAUGGAAAUCAUGGUGUGUAUGAGACGCAGGGCCCAGCUGUAAAUAUUGCUACCACCGAGCCUUUCUGUGAAGUAGAAGCACUUAUGGAAAAACUGAAGCAACUACAGGAAUGCAGAGAUGAUGUUAAAGCCAGUCAAGAAGAAAAGGCCACUCGUUUUGAGAAGGAAAAGAGAGAAAGCAUGUUGGUGUGUUGCUCAGAAGAUGAAGAAUCUGUGCCAACAAGAGAUGUGUCUCGCCACUUUGAGGAUACUAGCUAUGGCUAUAAAGAUUUCUCCAGACAUGGAAUGCAAGUACCUACGUUCCAUGUUCAGGACUAUUCAUGGGAAGACCAUGGCUAUUCAUUGGUAAAUCGUCUCUAUCCAGAUGUGGGGCAGUUGAUAGAUGAGAAGUUUCAGAUUGCAUACAACCUGACUUACAACACAAUGGCCAUGCAUAAAGAUGUGGAUACCUCAAUGCUCAGGCGGGCAAUCUGGAAUUAUAUCCAUUGUAUGUUUGGAAUAAGAUAUGAUGACUAUGACUAUGGUGAAAUUAACCAGCUACUGGACCGCAGUUUUAAAAUUUACAUCAAAACUGUGGUGUGUGCUCCUGAGAAGACCACAAACAGAAUGUAUGAUAGCUUUUGGAGACAGUUCAAACACUCUGAGAAGGUUCAUGUCAAUUUGCUUCUCAUAGAAGCGCGGAUGCAGGCUGAACUGCUGUAUGCUCUGAGAGCCAUUACUCGCUACAUGACCUGAAAUGUUUGCCUGGCUAACUAGGUUGGAAGAUGCAGCAGGUGCUGCCUACUAGGAGAUGCAACCGAGCUUCGGAACCAGUGGUGGCUAAAAGCCAUGAGAUCGAUUGUGCCAUAACUUUCUUUUAGUUUCAGCUCCUUCCUUGGUGGAAUAUCGCUACUGGGCUUGGUGGACAAAAUUGUUAAGAGAGGCUGCUUGAUCACUUACAGCCUGCUCUUGAUAGCACAGGAAACCAUGAUUUGUGGGAGCCAAGUAGUUAAUUACGCAAAUCUUGUAUUGUUGCAAGUAGAUAACAAAAUCUGGGGCACAAGGAGAAUUUAAAAAGACUUCUGCUUUUGAUAUAAGAAUAAUUGAUAUUUUUUAAAGGAAACGUUUUGAUGCUGCUGUACUUGCUAGUGAAAUGAAGAGACUAGCAAUUCCAAUUAAGCUACAAAUGAAAUCUGAGCCUUAUAUGGUUAUUAAAGAAACUGUUUUCACACUAACAGUUUUGAUUGUAACAGGAGUGUCUAGCUGUUGUUUAGCUUUAAAAAAAUGUUACUGGACUUGUUCACAGUGGUUGUGUGGCUAAAUCAACAGUGUGAAAAGGAGCAAGAAUUUUUGAAGCUGCUUAAGACUGCAACUAUGUGAAAUGCUAAAUGCUUGGUAACAAGGACAAACAUUCUCCUAUUAUUGUUAUCUAAGGUGUGGGAAAGUUAAUUCAGACUAUCAGGCAGCCUCUCAAUACAUUUGCUUACCCAUGCCUAUGGUCCAUCACUUAGCUUAUGUAGUCAAGCAGGAAAAUAGCAUAACAAUAAAACCCUUAAGUUCACCUACAGCUGUUACUGGAAAAUAUAUGGAUACUUUUGUAUGAGCAGCAUGAACUGCUAAAAAAUCUGUCAGUAUUACUGAAUUGUUUAAAUAAAACAAUUUUUGUUCUGUUCUUA